GGGACGGUGCUACAAAGGCACAUUAUAACAUUUCGUGGCCCUGGAUGAUGUUGAAAGACGCUCAACGAGGACCCACGAGACUUAAAGUUGAGGGCCCAUUCGUUGAGCUGUGUUUACGGAUCAUGUGAGUAACAUAAACAGAAAGCAGGUUUCUGAGCUCGAGCUGAGUUGGCAACAGGAGCCCACCUGUGUUUAAUCACAAAGACACGAUAUAUGCAACUUCACACCGAUCCAGCUCUGAGGGCUGACGCUCGAAGUCUACAAGUGGAAGGAUGAACUGAGAAGUCGCGCUUGGGACUCCUAAAACUUGCUUGUGGUGAGAUAAAGGCAUAUCUAUGCUUAUAAGAUGACACUCAACACACAGAAAGAGGGAAAGGAACCGCUGAGGAGAAGAGCGAGUACUCCCAUCCCCUCCUCUCGUCAAGGAGGCAAGGGAGAAAGAGACCCAUCUGCUGACCCCUAUCACCCUCCGCUUGCCCAAUCAGCCUCGUACCACCCCGGAGACAAGAGCAUCCACUCACGGGCCAACUGGUCUUCAGACUCAGAGUCGGACAGCUCUGGAGCCGAGUGUCUUUAUCGCGUGGUUUUGUUGGGGGAUCACGGCGUGGGGAAGUCAAUCCUUGCAAACAUUUUUGCUGGAAUACAAGAAAAGGAUGCCCACAAACACAUUGGAGAGGAUACAUAUGAGAGAACCCUCACGGUCGAUGGGGAGGAGACGACCCUAGUUGUGAUGGACACAUGGGAAACAGAAAAACAGGAGGAAGAUGAGAAGUGGGUGCAGGAUUACUGCAUGCAGGUGGGCAAUGCUUACAUCAUCGUUUACUCCAUCACCGACCGCAGCAGCUUUGAGAGCGCAUCGGAGUUACGAAUCCAGUUGCGUCGCAUCCGGCAGGCUGAAAACAUUCCCAUCAUCCUUGUGGGCAACAAAAGUGACUUAGUGCGAUCUCGAGAGGUGGCAGUGGAAGAGGGUCGGGCUUGUGCGGUGGUAUUUGACUGCAAGUUCAUAGAAACCUCUGCCUCUCUCCACCACAACGUUCACGAGCUCUUUGAGGGCAUUGUGAGGCAGAUCCGACUGCGGCGAGACAGCAAAGAGAUCAAUGAGCGCCGACGCUCCAUCUACAAGCGAAAAGAGAGCAUCACCAAGAAAGCCAGACGCUUCCUAGAUCGACUUGUAGCCAAGAACAACAAGAAGAUGGCCCUGAAAGUGCGCUCCAAGUCCUGUCAUGACCUUGCAGUGCUGUGAAACCCACAGAUCACUCUUAGUCCUUCAGCUCUGGGUUUCUUUGUUUUCUGUUCGUAAGACAAAAGAGGAUUUGUCUUUCUGAUAAGACUUCUUUUAAAGUUGAACAUUAAUUCACAUUUAUUUAUUUCAAAUCUAGCAUUAACAACUUUUUUAUUGACUCCCCUGAAGAUCUUGAGGUUUUGCUCAUUGUUCUUAAUCUUACACCAUAGAUCAAAUUUUUGAUAGAUGUUUGAAUUAAAUCAAAGGUUUAUUACUAUAUAUCACCAAUUAAGUGGACUUUGUUUUGUAUUGAACAUUUUAUCAAUGUUUGCCUUAUUUGACAAACUGAAUAGGCAAUAGCAUUAAUUAACAAGCAAUAUUUAUUAUUUAUUGUUGUUUAUAUGUUUUCCUUAAAAAUGAUCAUUUCACCUUAUUGUUUUUUCUAACAAAGGAAGAAUUUUGUAUACACUGAAAGACAUUAGCUAUGAGAAAAGCACUGCCCAGUGGAAAAAUUAAAGUAGAGACAGCUAAAACCAAUCUUAGUUUUUUUCUUACAAGUUUAUUCUGUUAAAGCAAAAAAUAUUAUGGACAUGUCAAUCAUCAUUUAAAAAGGGCAUGUGAAUAUCCUCCAUAAGCCUGUUACAGUUUAGUUUAUUUGAAAGCGAUAUCUGGUCAGUAAACAUUAUAAAGGUGUCAGCUAUUUUUGCAGGAAUAACAACAAAAAUAAUGGCUAUUAAAAGGCUAUUUCUCUCAAUGUAUUUUUGUCAACUUUUUUGGCACUGGACAUGGAGGGGAA